AUGCUUUUUGGUGCGCUACUCUGUGCGCCCCGCCAGUGUUUGGAGUGCCCAUCAGGCUGCCAAUGCUUUGCUGACACGCGCACAGUGAAAUGUGUUUCCAAGGACCUUCGCGCCAUACCACAAGAUAUUCCAGGAUACACAAAGAAUGUGAUCAUCACAGGAGACAAUAUAUUCAGAAUUGGAUCUGAGACAUUUCAAGAACUGAAAAAUGUCACCAACAUCAUUUUGAGCAACAAUAGGUGAGUAAAUAUUCUCAUUAAAGAGAAUUGUGUUCUGAGGUGUCACUACAGACCCUGGUUUGAUCCCAGUCUGUGUCACAGCCGGCCCUGACCAGGAGACUCAUGAGGCAGUGCACAAUUGGCCCAGCGUUGUCCGGGUUAGGGGAGGGUUUGGCCUGCUGGGAUGUCCUUGUCCCAUCGCACUCUAGCGACUCCUUGUGGCGGGCCUGGCGCCUGCAAGCUGACUUCGGCCGCCAGUUGUAUGGUGUUUCCUCCGACACACUGGUGCGGCUGGCUUCCGGGUUAAGCGAGCAGUGUGUCAAGAAGCAGUGCGGCUUGGCAGGGUCGUGUUUUGGAGGAUGCAUGGUUCUCGACCUUCGCCUCUCCCGAGUCCGUAUGGGAGUUGCAGCGAUGGGACAAGACUGUAACUACCAAUUGGAUAUCACGAAAUUGGGGAGAAAAAGGGGUAAAAAGUAAAAUAUAUAUAUAUUUUUAAAAAAUUUAAGAGAAUUGUGUUCUUGCCAUUGUAGAGAUUUCACAUUUUCAACCAUUGAGACAUAUGCAUGUGUAUUUACUAGCCUAUACAUUAAUGAAUAUUUUUUGAGUUAUGAUUCUAAACUACAACAAAAUGAUUAUUCCAUGAAUGCCAUCACACCAACUUAUGAAAUAUUUAGAGACCCUAUUUGAGCAUAACAAUCAUUCAGCAAACAUUACUUCCGAGUCCAAUAAGUGGUUUGGGGACUGUAAACAUGGUCCAUCUGUCUUCCCAGGAUCACAGAGGUUGCGUCCCACAGUUUCUCUACCCUUUCUUACCUGCGCUCCCUGGACAUGAGCUGCAACCAUCUGGCUCUCAUCCACCCUGAAGCACUCAACAUCCCAGGGAGUCCUCUAAAGGAGCUCAACCUCAGCCGCUCCCUCUAUAAUUACACCUCCCUGACUGAUCUCACCAACGCACUGCGCUGGGGAGGCCUAGGAGGGCUGCUCAGCCUAGACCUCUCCGGGAACCGCCUGGUCUUCCUACCCCCAGGGAUGUUCUCCCACCUCCCCAGCCUGCAGCACCUCCUCCUGGGUAACAACUCCCUAGCAUCGCUCUACAACGGCACCUUCAUUGGCCUGCUCCGCCUGGAGCUGCUCGACCUGACCCACAACUCUUUCAGGGCGUUCCGAGGCGAUGCUCUGGGGGAGCUGGAGAGGCUGGGGCAAGCCCCCCGCAUCCUGCUGAGCCACAACCCCUAUGUCUGCACAUGUGAGAUCCGAGACUUUGCCGUGUGGCUCAAGAGCUCCCAGGCUCAGGUGUGGGAUGCAGAAGCCCUGACCUGCGCCUCACCCUGGGAGUUUCAGAACAGGCCCCUGCGGGGGCUCGGGGUCCAAGUUAUCGGAUGCCAUGUCACUUCACCACCUUUGGUCGGAAUCAGAGACGAGGUGGGUGACCUCUCCCUGCAGACCUCCUACGUCCUCCUGGGUCUGGUGCUGGGCUUUGUGGGCAUUAUCUUCCUCUUUGUGCUCUACCUCAACCGGCAAGGUAUUAAAAAGUGGGUGGUGGAGAGGCGAGAUGCCUGCCAUGACGUGUUGGAGGGGUAUCACCACCGCUAUGAGAUCGACACUGACCCACGCCGGGAAUACCUUUCAAAAGAUGUCAGUGUCAAAGAGAAGCCACCGACAAACGGUCGUUUUGGACAGGCUCCCUCAGAUAACCGCUUAUCACAGCUACCCACUGAAACCUGUUUAGUUCAGAUCCCCUCAGACACACAGCUCAAACCAGGCUCCUUCUCG